AUGAGUGAGUCUAAUAUUUCGAAGAGGCAAAAUCAGCUAGAAGCAGAAUCGAACACUGCUUCCAACCAACACGAGGAUAGAAUGCAUAGCGAGAGUAUUGGAAAGACCAUAGAGCUUGCUCAGAAAGCUUUAAAAGCUCUUCCAUUGAAGAAAGGAAGUAAAAUGAGUAAGAUGAAAUUAGGAAUGAUGGAUAUGGGAAUUCCAAGAUGGCCUUCAUUAAAACCAGGCCUGAAGAUGUUCACGGUAUACGAAGAAUUAUCUAGUCGCAGCGAGACGGAAGAAAAGAGGAUUUUUACUCAGUUUGAGUCUCACAUAGCCCGUGUUGGAACAUCUCUUGAGGAUUGGACAAACGAACACUACGAGAAAGCUAUAACAGUAUUGCAUGGAUUGAUCGAUAGCGAACAAUUGUCGCCACUUGUGGAUCCUCCACGGAAAGGAAAUGGAACAUGGGCAGAAUGGGUUGAUAGGUUCGUGCCCUACAUUAUUUACGGAGACUAUACUUGGGAGGAGGUAGAGACAGAAUUCCUGAGAAAAUUUACAGAGUAUCCUACAGGUUUCUUGGUCAUUUGGAGAACUCAUUCUCAAGAGCUUAAUAAAAGUUUUAAGACUUUAUACAGAGCAGCUCAGCGAAUUGAUGAGUUUAGCAAACCAGGGGAAGAUUCCCAGAAGAAAGAGCUAAGGAAUAAGAAGGAUACUUCAAAGAUGUCUUGUAGGAAAUGUGGUACCAUUGGACAUAUAGCUAGGAAUUGUUGGAAGAAGAACAAUAAUAGUAGUGGGAAUGACAAUUUUGGAAAGUAUGAUUCCAAGAAAAGAAAGUUCGAUGGGUUUAAUAAUUUUAAGAAGAAAUUUCAUUCUUAG